UCGACAAUAUCCGCACAGUAAGUGCCACACGAAGGAGCGAAGGUGAAAUAAGAGAGUUAGAGGAGAUCCGUGGCGGCAUCAAGCAACGGCGGAGUAACCAUAAGAUCAAUACUGUGUACAUACUACACUGUGUAACUCUGUCGCUGCGUAUAACACCGAUCAACAUACUGAGGAUCCUGACAAUCUGAGAAAAGGAAGUUUGAAAGAGACUCCCGCUUCCCUGAGGCGCCGGCAGAGUAAUCUUGACGGUUAAAUGCAAUCCUGAUCCGACAGUAAUAAAAAUAUUGGCAGCUUUAAAUGCUGGCUUUGAUUGUGCAUCCGAGCAAGAAAUCAGUCAAGUAAUGCAAUACAGUGUGCAAGCUAAUCGUAUUAUAUUCGCUAAUCCGUACAAAUGUCCGUCUCAUAUCAAAUACGCCAAGAAGUUGGACAUUAACCAACUGACGGCCGACAGCGAAUUAGAGCUUUUGAAGAUUAAAGAUCUUUAUCCUGAGGCCAAAAUAAUCAUACGCAUACAAUGCGACGCGAAUAACUCAGAAUGCAAUCUCGGAUUGAAAUUCGGUUGCGAAUCAGAGGAGGAAGCUGUGCGAUUGAUACGACUCACGAUGGAUCUCGGUCUGACUUUACACGGCUUUAGUUUUCACGUCGGUAGCCCAUGCGGAGAGUUAAACGCAUUUAGUAGGGGUAUCGAUAAGUGCAGACGAUUAAUCACAAUCGCUAAAACUAUGGGCUGCAAAGAUGUACAAUUGAUUGAUAUCGGUGGUGGUUUCCCUGGCGAAAAAGGAACAAAUAUUGACAAACUCGCCAAUCUGAUUAAUGAUGCAAUCCAAGAUCUUGAUCCUAGUAUAAGAAUUAUUAGCGAGCCUGGAAGAUACUACGUUACUUCGGCGUUUACUCUAGCCACGUAUUUACAUUCUAAAAAACUCUCUUGUAAAAACGGUAAAAUUACGAGAAUGUAUUACAUUAACAUCGGUACAUAUAGUUCGUUCAUCGAAGAAUUGUUGGGUUUGAAAUCCAGAGUUCCGCAAAUCCUCUUCGAAUCGGUGAGCAACGAAAAAUUUCUUUCGACUUUAUGGGGACCGACUUGCGAUUCGUUCGAUGUCAUUGUUCAAGAUGUGUUAUUGCCGGAACUUUGCCUUGGUAAUUGGUUAAUCUGGGAAGAUAUGGGUGCUUAUUCUUUAUCUUUAUGCACAACGUUCAAUGGAUUUCCAAUCCCAACUGUUAUACCGAUUAUUAGGAAAAGUCAAUGGGAAAAUUUAACGACGGAGAUCAAAUUGAUGCAAAGACUUAUGAAAUUUAUAGAAUGGUCCGAGUCAGUAGAAAAAACGGGUUAUAUUGAAAGCCGUUGACAAUAACUCUGAAUCAAUAAGUAGUAAAAGAAAAUUAGAAUAAUAUAAAUUUUUGUUUAUUGUUGAUUGAAAUAAAUUUUUUUAAACGCUUUGUAUAUAAUAGUUAUCUAAUCUUUUUUCAAUAUUAUAAAUAUAUUAUAAAAAUACAUAUAUAUUAGUAAUCAUAUCCCACGAUUUUUAGUGGUAAUAAAUAAUAUAAAUUAUUAAUAUAUGUAAUGAGUCUUUUAAUAUAAUAAUGCUGUUUUUUAUUUUUUAUUCCAAGAUUUAAAUAUACCUUUAUAAAAAAAAAAAUAUGAGAUAAUAUGAAUAUACUUUUAUAAAAAAAUAAUAUGGAAUAUUCUCAGAAAAAAGUAAAAAAGCAUUUUAUUAAAAUAAAGAAGAAUAUAUUAUUUAUUACUUAGGUAUUGUUAUAAAUUAGUAAAUACUAGAAACUGUAUAAUUUUUUGAUUAUGUUAAAGUAUUACUGUAAUUAUAUAAAUUUAAUAAAAUUAGAAAAUGUGAUUGCCUUA